AUGGACGACUCCAUCAUGGAUGACGACUCGAUCUUUAACAUCAGCGAUGGUGGCAGCUCUGACUUCGUACCCGAAAAGCCGGCACCGGUUCGUUCUGCCCCUCUCACUUUGGUGGAAGCUACUGACUCCUUCGCGUCUUCACAGAAAGCCAAGGCCAAGGCUGCUCCCAAGAAAGCUGCGACUGCCAAACCUGCGGCCAAAAAGACUACCCAGACCACACUCAAGCCCAAGCCCAAGUCAGCUGCGGCAAAGAAGAAGGCCCAGGCUGACAGUGAAGGAGAGAUGUCUGACGUCCAAAUGUCCGCUGAUGAAGACUCGCUGCUCUCGCACACUCCUCCCAAGGCGAAGAAGACUGCCGCGCCCAAGAGGGCCGGCUCGAAGCCUCUCGCUGAUGUGGAGAAUGAGUCUUUCGGAGGUGAUGCUUCCUCCGAGACGCCUAAGGAGAAGGGCAACGCAUCAGAGAAAUACCAGAAACUUACGCAACUUGAACACAUUGUCAAACGUCCCGAUACAUACAUUGGUUCGAUUGAACGCACCACUCAGCCGAUGUGGGUUUACAACUCCGAAUCCGAGUUAAUGGAGUUCCGCCCCGUCUCCUACGUUCCCGGUCUUUACAAAAUUUUCGACGAAAUCAUGGUCAAUGCCGCCGACAACAAGCAGAACGACAAGAACAUGAGCGAGAUUCGGGUGACAAUCAGCCGCGAGGAGGGCGAGAUCAGUGUGUGGAACAACGGACGUGGUAUUCCCAUUGAAAUCCACUCUAAGGAGAAGAUUUACGUUCCAGAGCUCAUUUUCGGUCACCUGCUCACCUCGUCCAACUAUGAUGAUGCUCAAGCGAAGGUCACCGGUGGUCGAAAUGGUUUCGGUGCUAAGCUCUGUAAUGUGUUUUCCACCGAAUUCUCCAUUGAGACUCAAGAUUCGCGCCAGAAGAAGAAGUACAGACAAACUUGGACGGAAAACAUGACUAAGAUGGGCAAGGCAAAGAUCACCGAUGCCAAAGGUGAUGACUACACCAAGGUCACAUUCAAGCCCGAUUUUGCCAAAUUCGGUAUGGAUGGUAUCGACGAUGAUUUCGAGGCCCUUGCGAAGCGCCGUAUCUACGAUUUGGCGGGUACAUCAGGCGUUGCCGUUAAGCUCAACGGCAGCCGCAUUCCCAUUCGGAACUUCCGGAAGUACAUGGAGAUGUACACCAAGGCCAUCCGCAAGGAGCGUGGUGACGAGGGUCCUGCCGCGAAGGAUGAGAUCAUCACUUGCAGCCCUGAUCCCCGGUGGGAGAUUGGUUUUGCAGUCUCGGACGGUGCUUUCCAACAGGUCUCGUUCGUCAACUCCAUCGCCACCACCUCUGGCGGUACUCAUGUCAACUACAUCGCCGAUCAGAUCUGUAAUCGUUUGGCUGACCAGGUGAAGAAGAAGAACAAGACCGGUGCCACUCUGAAACCAGCCCAGAUCCGUAACCACAUCUUCAUUUUCGUGAACGCUCUCAUUGUCAACCCGGCCUUCAAUUCCCAGACCAAGGACCAGUUGACUACAAAGACUAGCCAGUUUGGCAGCAAGUGUAUUCUCGAGGAAGAUUUCUACAAGAAGGUCCUCAAGACUGAUGUCAUGAACAAUAUCCUGCAUUUUGCCGCACAGAAGGCAGACCAGAUUUUGAAGAAGGGGGAUGUUGGGCGUCGCACUCGCAUGAACAACCCCAAGCUGGUGGAGGCUAACAAGGCUGGAACCCGGGACGGUCAUCACUGUACUUUGAUUCUGACCGAGGGUGACUCCGCCAAGGGUUUGGCCAUGGCUGGACGUUCUGUUGUUGGUCCCGAUCUUUUUGGCGUUUUCCCUUUGCGUGGAAAGCUGCUCAACGUCCGUGAUGCAUCUUUUGAUCAAAUAUCCAAAAAUCAAGAGAUCCAGAACAUCAAGAACUUCAUUGGUCUACAACACAAGAAGGAGUACUCUGAGACCAAGGGCCUUCGGUAUGGCCAUCUCAUGAUCAUGACUGAUCAGGAUCAUGACGGUAGUCACAUCAAGGGUCUACUCAUCAACUUCCUUCAGGCGCAAUUCCCCAGCUUACUGAAAAUUCCUGAGUUCCUCAUCGAAUUCAUUACCCCCAUCAUCAAGGUCUGGAAGGGUGACCCAAAAAAUCCGACCAAAUCACGAUCCUUUUUCACCAUGCCCGAAUAUGAAGCGUGGAAAGAGGAGCACAAGGAGGAGCGCGGAUGGGAGCACAAGUACUAUAAGGGUCUGGGAACCAGUUCCACAGAGGAUGCCCAAAUCUACUUCCGCGAUCUUGAUCGCCAUCUCAAGGAGUUCCACACCAUGCAGGAUGGCGAGGCAGAGCUCAUUGAACUUGCCUUCUCGAAGAAGAAGGCCGAUGAGCGAAAGGAGUGGCUGCGUCAAUUCAAGCCCGGCACAUACCUCGACCAUUCCAUGUCAAAGAUCUCCUACACGGACUUCAUCAACAAGGAGCUGAUUCUGUUCAGUAUGGCCGACAAUAUGCGUUCCAUCCCUUCCGUGGUCGAUGGUCUGAAGCCAGGUCAGCGCAAAGUUUUGUAUGCUUGUUUCCGUCGUAAUCUGAAGAAGGAUAUGAAGGUUGUCGAGCUGGCAGGUCUUGUGUCCGGGAUGACCGGCUACCACCACGGUGAGAGCUCGCUUCAACAGACCAUUGUCGGUUUGGCUCAGACUUUCGUCGGCUCCAACAAUAUCAACACGCUAGAGCCUAGUGGUAAUUUCGGUAGUCGACUUCAAGGCGGCGGCGACUGUGCCAGUGCUCGUUACAUCUACACUCGGUUGUCGCCCUUCGCUCGGAGGGUGUUCCACCCAGCCGAUGAGCCGCUGCUGACUUACAACGAGGAUGAUGGCAAGAAGAUUGAGCCCGAAACCUAUAUGCCUGUGGUCCCCAUGAUUUUGAUCAACGGUGCGGAUGGUAUUGGAACGGGAUGGAGUUCUUCUAUUCCUAAUUACAAUCCCGAGGAUAUUGUGGCCAAUCUGAAUCGUCUGAUGGAUGGCGAGGAGGUUGUGCCGAUGCAGCCCUGGUUCCGUGGGUUCACUGGUGAGGUUGUCGCAAUAGGCGGAGAUCGCUACAAGUUCAGCGGAAUCAUCAAGGAGACGGGAGACAAGGAGGUUGAGAUUACCGAAUUGCCUAUCCGUACCUGGACUCAGGACUUCAAGGACAAACUGGAGGAUAUCAUCAAGGCCGAGAAGGUGCCUUCCUUUAUCAAGGACUAUAAGGACUACAACACUCACAACAAGGUCCAUUUCGUGAUUCAGCUUGACGAGAAGAAUAUGAAGGCGUCCGUGUCCGAGGGUUUGGAGGAGAAGUUCAAGCUUUCCAAGACCAUUGCGACGACCAACCUGGUUGCCUUCGACCCCGAGGGUCGCAUCACGAAGUAUGCCACUGUCGAUGACAUUCUCAAGGAGUUCUUCACCGUGCGGCUCAAGUAUUAUGAACGGCGCAAGCAGCAUCAGCUGUCCGAGCUUCAGAAGGAGCUGGAGAAGCUGAGCAAUCAAGCCCGCUUCAUUCAAAUGAUCAUUGACGGCUCCCUGGUCAUCUCUAAGAAGAAGAAGACUGUACUGAUUGCUGAGCUAAAGCAAAAGGGUUUCAAGCCGAUUGCCAAGGUUGCCGACGCCUCUAAAAUGGGCGAGGAUGAACCCGUGGUUGAGGAAGGCGAAGAGGCUGACGACAAGCAAAUCGAAGUGUUGUCCAGCUCCUAUGACUACCUUCUUGGUAUGCCGAUGUGGUCGCUGACCCAGGAGCGUGUGGAGAAGCUCCGUCACCAAAUCGGUGACCGUGAGAUGGAAGUCGACGCUCUGAUCAAGCUGUCCAAGGAGGACAUCUGGAAGAAAGACCUGGACGAUUUCAUCAACGAGUGGCGCUUCCAGCUGGAAGAUGAAGCCCGCCGUUUGCGUAAGGUGCAGAAUAUGGGCCGCCGGGCUUCGUCUAAACUCAUGACUGGCGCAGGUCGCGCCACCGCAGCCUCGCGUAAACGUAAGGCUGCGACUGGGGACGAUCCCGACGACGAAGACUUUGCAGCACCGAAAUCCAAGAAGACGGCUGCGGCCAAGAAAAAGGAACAGCCGGUCAACAGCCUGGCUAAUUUCCUUAACAAUACAUCGGCCAAGGCGCCUACUCCAACGAUCGACGGAGCUGGCGAUUCAGAUGAUGAUUUUGACUUUGACAUGGAAGUCCUUCCCACGAAGAGUCGUGGCGCAGCCAAGCCAAAACCAAAGCCCAAGGCCAAGGAAGAAGACCACGAUAUCGACAUUGAAGACGUGCCCGCAAACAGCUCUUCCCGCGCGUCAGCACAGCCUGCCGCUGAUCCUAUGGAUCUCGUUAAAAACGAACCUGCUCCGAAGACGAAGCCGGCAGCGAAACGUGGUCCCAAGCCCAAGGCAAAGCCCGCUGAAGAUUCCGGUGAUGACUUCCUUGAGAUUGCAAAGACUGAGGCCUCCUCCAAGAAUGCUGCCUCGAAUAGCCGCGCUCGCAAGCCUGUCAAGUACACCGCACUCAGCGACUCGGACAGCGACAAUGGCGAUGAUCUUCUGGGAGACGUCAGCCAGAUGGUGAGAGGUAUUGGUGACGAUGACUCGAAUACUCGACCGCUCAUCUCGGAGCGUUCUCGUGCCGGCAGCAGUGCCAGUCUCAUGGCGCCAGCCAAGUCCAAGAUAAGCGAUUUUGACGCCGAUGAGACUGACUACAGCAAGCUUGUGCCGCAGAAGUCCCCGCGCCGCUCACUUCUGGUCAAGCCUAAGGACGUGUCAAGAAUCGAGGAUGAUGAAGAUGAUGAGGAAGAUUCCCCUGUCAAGCCUGCCACGAAAGCGAAGGCUGCGCCCAAGACCAAGGCUGCUACUUCCGCUCCCAAGUCUCGUGGUCGCCCAAAGAAGGAUGCCGCAAAGCCUGCUGGUCCAGCUGCUCUCUCUCCGGCAGCCAAGGCCUAUGCCUCUAAACAAGCCAAGACCACCAAGAAGAAACCUGCGGAUGACUUCUCAGAAGAUGACAUCGAUGCCAUGGCCAACGAUAUUUUGGAUUCUCCAGCUGGCAAGGUGGACCUCUCUGAUGAUGAGCCUGCGCCUCGCCGCGCUGCUGCCAGUCGUCCGUCUCGUCGCACCGCUGCAUCGGCUAAGAGGAGCUAUGUGAUCGAGGAUGAUAGCGAAGAUGAGGUGUCCGCUGAUGAUUUUGAGGAGGAUGAGAGUGACUAA